GGCGCGGCCCGGCCCGUCCGGAAGCCCCGGCGCUGCUGAGUAACGCAUCCGGGGCACAGCCGGGCACAGCCGGGCACAGCGGCGCAGAGCAGCGCAGCGCGGCGCGGCCGAGCGGCGGGAUGCCGGACUACCUGGGCGCCGACCAGAGGAAGACGAAGGAGGAGGAGAAGGAGGAUAAGCCCAUCCGCGCUCUGGAUGAAGGAGAUAUUGCCUUGCUGAAAACCUAUGGCCAGAGCACCUACUCAAGGCAGAUCAAGCAAGUAGAAGAUGAUAUUCAACAACUGCUUAAGAAAAUCAACGAGCUCACUGGAAUCAAGGAGUCGGACACGGGCUUGGCUCCUCCCGCCCUCUGGGACCUGGCUGCAGACAAGCAAACCCUCCAGAGCGAGCAGCCACUGCAGGUUGCGAGGUGUACAAAGAUCAUCAAUGCAGACUCUGAGGAUCCCAAGUACAUUAUCAAUGUCAAGCAGUUCGCCAAGUUCGUGGUGGAUCUCAGUGACCAGGUGGCACCUACUGACAUAGAAGAAGGCAUGAGAGUUGGGGUGGACAGAAACAAGUACCAAAUCCAUAUCCCUUUGCCUCCAAAGAUUGAUCCCACAGUCACCAUGAUGCAAGUAGAAGAAAAACCAGACGUCACUUACAGUGAUGUUGGGGGUUGUAAAGAACAGAUUGAAAAGCUGAGAGAGGUGGUUGAAACCCCUCUGCUUCAUCCUGAAAGGUUUGUUAACCUCGGGAUCGAGCCUCCCAAAGGAGUCCUGUUGUUUGGGCCGCCGGGGACAGGCAAAACCCUGUGUGCCCGGGCUGUGGCUAACAGGACUGACGCCUGCUUCAUCAGAGUCAUCGGGUCUGAGCUGGUGCAGAAGUACGUGGGGGAGGGAGCUCGAAUGGUUCGUGAACUCUUUGAAAUGGCCAGAACUAAAAAAGCUUGCCUUAUAUUCUUUGAUGAAAUUGAUGCCAUUGGAGGUGCCCGUUUUGAUGAUGGGGCUGGGGGUGACAAUGAGGUGCAGAGGACUAUGCUGGAGCUGAUCAACCAGUUGGAUGGGUUUGACCCUCGAGGCAACAUCAAAGUGCUGAUGGCCACCAACAGACCUGAUACUCUGGAUCCUGCCCUGAUGAGGCCCGGCAGGUUGGACAGGAAGAUAGAAUUCAGCUUGCCUGAUCUUGAGGGCCGAACUCACAUAUUCAAGAUACACGCUCGUUCCAUGAGCGUCGAAAGAGACAUCAGAUUUGAGCUGUUGGCCCGGCUGUGUCCUAACAGCACAGGCGCCGAGAUCCGCAGCGUGUGCACGGAGGCCGGCAUGUUCGCCAUCCGCGCGCGCCGCAAGAUCGCCACCGAGAAGGACUUCCUGGAGGCAGUCAACAAGGUCAUCAAAUCCUACGCCAAGUUCAGCGCCACUCCCCGCUACAUGACCUACAACUGAGGUCUCAGAAGGUUCUUCCUGUUGUUAAAUCCCUCUGUGAAACAAAAAUCCAAAUGUAGCAAUUUGUGUCUUGUUCUUGGAAGCCAGAAAUAAAUGGGCUGUUCCAAACGGUA